GAGCCGGGGUGCUGGGGGUCGUCCCAUAGGCAGCCCAUGGGUAACUGAAGGGACCCAAGACGAUAACUCACGAGUCAAAAAAACCCUAAAUAAAGGUUCAUGGGUAACUCGCCGGACUGCGAGACCCCGAAAUGAUAGAUCAGGGUGUUGAGGACCCCUAAGUGGACCCUUGAAGUCAGGAAGGUAAUGUAGGCUAAUUAGGAGUGCUGAGAGACCCCUCAUAGAUUCUAGGUGGCAGGGAGAUUCCAAAAAUGGACCAGGUUCUUGGGAACCCUAAGUAUUAAAUUGGUGAAAUUGAGGGAUCACCAAAGAAUAGAUGAGACCCCAUAGAGUUAGUCUGCGGAGUUGGAUUCUAAAAGAUAGAUCACAGGUAAUGGAAACCCUGUAAGAUAAACUAAGGAUGCUAAGAGACCCUAAAGAGUACAUAGGAGGUCAGAUACCCACCCCCCCAUAAAUUAGGUUAUGGGUGCUGAGAAGCCCCAAAGUAUAGAUUAUAACUAAGACCCCAUUGGAUAACUUAUGGAUCUGAUGGGUUCCUCAAAAGAUUAGGGUACUGGGGUUACCAGAACUGCAGGGAUGAGGAGGGCCACAAAGAACAGAUCGGGAUGUUAGUGGCUUCCUAAGUGGAGCUUUGGGUCAAGGAAUCAUCUCCAAAUGUUAAUUUUGGAGGUUGUGGGACUCUGGAGUUCAGGAAUUAGGGUGACCGUCAAAUCAGGAGACUGGGAGACACUAAAGGAUAGUUCAGGUGUUAGACCCUAAGUAGAGCCUGGGUGUCAGGGAGACCCCCUCAGAUAAAAUUCAGGGAGUUUGGGAGUACCAAAAAGUAAGGGUCGGGGAGACCCCAAAAGGUAACUCAAGGUGCUGAGUCCUACACAGGAGUUAGAACUCAUGAGGACCCCAAAAGAUAGCUGGGGGGUGGGUUAUGAGCAUGAGGUGGGAGGUGGUCGGGGAGAAUAAGGGAUUGAAGGACCCUUUCAAAGGAUAGAUUAGGGCAUAGUUGAGCUAUGAAGUCAGGGAGCUACCAAAGGAUAGUUGAGAGGUUGAGGGAACUCCAGAAGAGACCCUUGGUUCUAUGGGAGACUGUAAGCCAUAAUUGUGGUUAAGGAAAUAGGGCAGAAAGAUCAUACUGGGUAGUUCAGAAGGCUAGGGGGACCUUCAACAGAAGUCACAGAAUAGAGAAGAGCCCAGAGGGCAGUUGGGGGACCCAAGGGAUAGGUAAGGAGCUAGGGGAACUUGGAAGGCUAAUUCAGGAGCCUGGGAGAACACCAGAUGGGGGUCCAGGAAUACUCCCAAAGAUGAUUGGCCAAACUGGGACGACCCAAAUGGAGACCGUGUGCCAGGGAGGCCUGGAAGUUUCCUCUACAGACUGCUGUCCUGGUUCGUUGACCUGUUCAGCCAAGGCAGUCACCUGUAGGAAGCUCUUUGUGGGCGGCCUGGACUGGAGUACCACUCAAGAGACUCUACGCAGCUACUUUUCCCAAUAUGGUGAGGUUGUGGAUUCUGUCAUCAUGAAAGAUAAAACCACCAACCAGUCUCGAGGCUUUGGAUUUGUCAAGUUUAAAGACCCCAAUUGUGUGGGGACAGUGCUGGCCAGCAGACCACACACCCUAGAUGGCCGGAAUAUUGAUCCGAAGCCAUGCACACCUCGGGGGAUGCAGCCAGAGCGAACAAGGCCCAAGGAAGGCUGGCAGAAAGGACCCAGGAGCGACAGCAGCAAAUCCAACAAGAUUUUUGUUGGGGGCAUUCCCCACAACUGCGGCGAGACGGAGCUCAGGGAAUACUUCAAGAAGUUUGGAGUGGUCACAGAGGUGGUUAUGAUCUAUGAUGCAGAGAAGCAGCGGCCUCGAGGUUUUGGAUUUAUUACUUUCGAGGACGAACAAUCAGUGGACCAGGCUGUCAACAUGCAUUUUCACGACAUCAUGGGCAAAAAAGUGGAGGUUAAACGGGCUGAACCUCGGGACAGCAAAAACCAAGCACCAGGACAGCCAGGAGCCAGCCAGUGGGGCAGCCGAGUGGCACCCAGUGCAGCCAACGGCUGGGCAGGCCAACCCCCACCAACGUGGCAACAAGGAUAUGGCCCACAAGGAAUGUGGGUGCCAGCAGGACAGGCUAUUGGUGGCUAUGGCCCACCCCCUGCGGGCAGAGGAGCCCCACCCCCGCCCCCACCCUUCACCUCCUACAUCGUAUCCACACCGCCUGGAGGCUUCCCCCCACCACAGGGCUUCCCACAGGGCUAUGGUGCUCCACCACAGUUCAGUUUUGGCUACGGUCCUCCACCCCCACCCCCUGAUCAGUUUGCUCCUCCAGGGGUCCCCCCUCCACCUGCCACCCCAGGGGCUGCCCCGCUGGCCUUCCCACCACCUCCGUCUCAGGCUGCCCCAGACAUGAGCAAACCCCCAGCAGCCCAGCCGGACUUCCCCUAUGGUCAGUAUGGUUACGGGCAGGACUUGAGCGGCUUUGGCCAGGGCUUCUCGGACCCCAGCCAGCAGCCACCCUCCUAUGGGGGUCCCUCUGUGCCGGGCUCAGGGGGUCCCCCCGCUGGCGGCAGUGGCUUCGGACGCGGGCAGAACCACAACGUGCAGGGCUUCCAUCCCUACCGGCGCUAGCCAGGGGGACGGCAGCAGGGCAGGAUUCGGGACUGGUGAACUCGUGACAAUCACACACUCGGGACAAAAUAAAUGACCACUCGACCUGGGGGGGGGAGGGGCAGCGGAGGCCGCGUCUGGACUGAGGUUUUAAAUAUAUUUCUUUUCUCUGACCCAUCAGCACAAUAAAAACACGUCACUGGUUCAACAACAGGGUUUAAAAAACGCCUUCAGCUUUAAUUCAGAAUUUCAGGUUUCUUUUUCUUUCUUUUUUUUUUUUUUCCUUUUUUUGAGAUUAUUUUCUUGAGCCUUUUGUUUUACCGUAUAUUGUAAACUUUUAUGUUAAAGAAAAAAAUAUACAUUUACAAAUUGUGAGAUUUUUAAGAGAAAUUUUCUACGAUGUAUACUGGCUUAUUUUUUAAUUUAAAGCAGGGUUUGGGUGUGGGAAGCGGGGGCCCUGGCUCCCGCCGGCGCGGGCUGGGGUGCGGGCAGAGACUACUGCGUGCGUUUGGUUUUUUGUUCAUUCCUCGCUUUGAGCGGCUUGUGUGGCUGUGGGUGCCACAGGGCCCCUGGCACAGGUGGCGGUGCUGAAGUCACGGGUGGCCUGGGCCCCACACGGGCAGGCGAGGCCUUGCUGGAGGCCCCUCGGUAGGCCUCAGGUUCCCAUUGACCAGUCUGACCCGGUUUGAAUAAAGCAGCGUGUUUGGAUCAGAACCUGA